AUGUGGGCAUACACGCAGUCAUUUAUGGUGACAUUGCUGGCAGCACUGCUCAUUGGAGCCACAACCGGGCACCAAUCUGUCAUGGGCAUCGAGGCAGUCCCGUCGGAUUUGGCAUCAAAGCUCCAAAAUCCGCCUAUUCAACGCCAAGAGCUGCUCUCCCAAGCCUUGCGGAUCAUACACUCCGUUGAAUCAUCUCCAUCUUGCAACCGACUAGCAGCCCUCAGCCUCAUCAAUUCCUGCCAGUCCCUAGAAACGUCAUCAAAAGGAACCAAUACGGCUGAGGUGAACACCGAACUCGGUCUCGACGAAGUGAAGUCGGAGUACGCGGCGCGAUUGGCGGUCUGCGAGCUUAUCGGUGCCGGAGCCAACGUCCCACGGGAGUGCGCCAUAUUCGUCCCUUCAUCCAAGGCAUGUGUCAAAUUCCGUUUCAGUAGCUUUUGGGGCCGAGAUGACCAUUCCGAAACCGAGGACACUUUGUGCUAUCCCGAAGCCACUCGCUCGCAAUUCGGACAAUGUCUCAAAGCUCUGGAAGCGAGGCCGCAGUAUUGGACUUCUUACAGCAACGCCAGACAGAACGCUGUGGUCAUGUGCCAAGCGAGCAGAGACACCGUAGAGAAAGACGAGAAGAUUGCUCUAUACAAAUCGCUAGCAGACGUAACAGCAAACAUCGCGACCGCACUUGCGGAGUCCCUUCAGGAAGCGAAAAAACGCCUUGAAGAGCAACUGGCGUACGCGGAGAAGGUCAAAGCAACUGGAACAGAGGCCCUCGAGGAGAUUAGGAAAGGCCGCGAAAGCUCUCUUUCGGCCCUCGAUAGCGUCACUCAGACAGCUCAAUCUGUAAUCAACAUGGUCACCCAAGCCUUCAUGAGAGCAGGAAAUCAGGCUGAAGACCUGGAUCAGUCCAUCCAGAAAUCGAAAGAGGAUAUUCUUGAUAUGCUUAAAGAAGUGGGGGUCGUGCAUGUAGAAAACACCGCUUUGCAAACUCAGCAAUGGCAAGUCAGUCAGGAAGGCGCUUUAGCACUUCAGCAAACUUUAGAAGGGCUCUAUAACGGGCUGAUGAUCUCGUCGGAGCUCAUGACAAACAUGUCUGAACGCCAAAUUCUCCUAGACGAACGUUUAAACAUGACAUUCGACAUCCUCAUGUCUGCUGUCGAUGAGAUUACAGAAAAAAUUCAGCGAAUAAGGAUCUUCGGUGGACUCGGCGUUUCCAACACGAAAUUAGGUGCGACUCUUGUGAUCGUAGGCGCCUGGUUCGUUAGUAGAAGGAUGGCUGGUUUUCUCUCAAUCCUCUACGGGAUUUUCUUGAUCAUCUAUAGCGCCGGCGCAUCUCCCUGGUUCCACUACGCAUUCGACAAAGCUUCCUCCUUGGUUCAACACGCGUCAGUUCUUCUCACCACGAUAACGAUCCCCCCAUUCAUCAAGUUUGCGGCCCUCGCAGUAUUAGCAAUAUCAUCGGCUAUGGGACUGGUUUACUACAUCAGUUCGUUCGUUUCCCCCAACGAAGACGAGGUCGGAGAGCAGGGUUUCAUGAUCAAAGUCGAGGACCCAGUGCUACCAACGGCCAAUCCGAGGCAAGGCCGCCGUCAUCUCAACAUCUCAGCAUUACGAUACUAGUAUGACGACAUAUACCACGACACUUCACUUACUUAUUGCACAUACACUUCACUUUAUUCCAAUUUUCCUUCACGAAUUACGACUAUGAUACCGUCUCGGGUGCACACAGCAUGGCGUUAGCGCGGGCAAUGUGGGCGGAACUCGAAGGUGAUCUGGGGCGUAGGGCUGUUUCCGAUCUAUGAUACCCUCAGAAUUAACAGAAAUAGUGGUUGGCCUUGUGGCAUAGAGGAGUUUUAGCGCUGCUUAAUGAUAAAUUUGCAACACUCAUGCCGCU